AUGGCUGACAACUAUUUGAAGGAUUCGGAGUGCCAUAUUCCAGAGAAUUCUGCAAGUGGACCGCGGCGCAGUAGAAUUCCACGUACUUCUGGUAAACCAUCUAAUGUACAGCAAGAGAUUGUCUUUCAACAAGUUAAUAUUGACGGGUUGAUAACGGAGGAACGUAUACAGCAUGAGAAACUUCGUGAGGCUAAAGAGAUUGAAGUUGGUGUUGCUGAAAUAAAAGAGGUGACGGAUGAAUUCGCUGCCUUGUUGGAACAUCAGCAAGUGGGAAUAGACGGACUCACUACAAAUGUUAGCGCAGCUAAUCAAAGGGUAAAUGCUGGAAGGGACGAACUUUCAUCUGCUGGCCGACAUCAAAGUUGUUGCAGAAAAAUGUUCUGUCUUGUGUUGCUUGCUUUGUCUGUAUCUUUCUCUAUAGUUCUUGUGGUUGUUUUAGUGAGUAAAUGA